UCUGACAGGUUUCUCAACAAUGUUGGCUUCUUUUUUCCACUGAUUAUGAUGUUGACUUGGAUGGUAUCUGUGGCCAGCAUGGUUCGGAAGCUGGUUUAUGAGCGAGAGAUCCAGAUAGAAGAGUACAUGCAGAUGAUGGGGCUGCAUCCAGCCAUCCACUUCCUGUCCUGGUUCCUGGAGAACAUGGCCACACUGGCUCUCAGCAGUGCGGCUCUGGCUGCCAUUCUGAAGAUGAGUGGCAUCUUUAUGCAUAGUGAUGCUUUUAUUGUUUUUCUUUUCUUGCUGGACUUUGGGGUGUCAGCUGUCAUGCUGAGCUACUUCUUAAGUGUGUUUUUCAACCAAGCUAAUACAGCAGCCCUGUGUACCAGCCUGGGGUACAUGAUCAGCUUCCUGCCCUACGUGGUUCUGCUAGUCCUGCACAACCAACUCAGCUUCACCAUUCAGACCCUUCUGUGCUUGCUCUCAACCACAGCCUUCGGACAAGGAGUCUUUUUCAUUACAUUUCUCGAAGGACAGGAGGAAGGGAUCCAGUGGAGUCACAUGUACCGAGCUCCAGAGCCAGGGGGCAUGACAUUUGGCUGGGUCUGCUGGAUGAUUCUGUUUGAUUCAAUCCUCUAUUUUCUGUGUGGAUGGUAUUUCAGCAACUUAGUCCCUGGAACUUUUGGUUUAGGGAAACCAUGGUAUUUUCCCUUCACUGCAUCCUAUUGGAAAAGUGUGUGUGGUUUGAUGGAGAAACAGCGAUGCUCUCUGAGUUCUGGUCUAUUCUUCUUCAAUGAGGAUUUUGGCAACAAAGGCUUCUCACAACAAAAUGGCCCAGGAGAGCUGGAAGGAGGUACCCCAGGAGUGGCUUUAAUUUCUGUGACCAAGGAAUAUGAAGACCACAAGGUGGCUGUCCAAGAACUCACCCUCACCUUCCACAGAGACCAGAUCACAGCCCUACUGGGAACCAAUGGUGCAGGGAAAACAACCAUCAUAUCCAUGUUGAUGGGGCUCUAUCCUCCUACUUCUGGAACCAUCAUCAUAAAUGGCAAGAACCUGCAGACAGAUUUGUCCAAGGUCAGAGAGGAGCUGGGAGUAUGUCCACAGCAGGAUGUUCUCCUGGACAACCUCACUGUGAGGGAGCACCUAAUGCUCUUUGCCUCCAUAAAAGCACCUUGGUGGACCAAGCAGGAGCGACAGCAGCAAGUCAACAAAACUCUUGAUGAAGUAGAGCUAACUCUGCAUCAGCACAAGCCAGCUCGAGUUCUGUCUGGAGGCAUGAAGAGGAAACUCUCCAUUGGCAUUGCUUUCAUGGGCAUGUCAAAGACAGUGGUUCUGGAUGAGCCAAGCAGUGGGGUGGACCCUUGCUCCCGUCGCAGCCUCUGGGACAUUCUACUCAAGUACCGGGAAGGUCGAACAAUAAUCUUCACAACCCACCAUCUGGAUGAAGCUGAGAUGCUCAGUGAUCACGUGGCUGUCCUCCAGCAGGGGAGACUCAGAUGCUAUGCUCCUCCUGCAGGCCUGAAGGAGACCUAUGGCCAAGGACUCACCCUGACACUCACCAAACAACCCUCUAUCCUAGAAACCCAGGAGCCCAAGGAUGUGGCUCAUGUUACAUCCUUGAUACAGGUCUAUAUUCCACAAGCAUUCCUCAAAAAUAGCAGUGGAGGUGAGCUUACCUACACCAUCCCCAAGGAUGCAGACAAGACCUGCUUCAAGGGACUUUGCCAGGCUCUGGAUCAGAACUUACAUCACCUGCACCUGACGGGGUAUGGCAUCUCAGACACCACCUUGGAAGAGGUGUUUUUGAUGCUUUUGCAAGAUACCAACAAAAAGUCUCACAUCACUCCAGAAACCAAAUUAGAACCUCAAAAUGAGAGACCUGCUGGAUCCUCUUCUCAACACUGUGUCUCUCCUGUGAGGAUGUCACCUGUUCAGUCCCUGUCUGAGUCCGUGGGGGGCUUCCAGCUACUUCUGGGACAGGCAGUGGCACUCCUGAGGAAGCGGCUACUGCACACACUACGAGCCUGGAAAAGCACCACCUCAGACCUGCUACUGCCAGUGCUCUUUGUGGCCUUGGCCAUGGGCUUAUUCAUGGUGCAGCCUCUGGCUACCACAUACCCUCCUCUCAAACUGACACCUGGGCAUUAUGAGACUGCGGAAACUUACUUUUUCAGCAGUGCAAGCCAUGGUGUGGACCUUACCGGAGUGCUUCUUCGAAAAUUUGGAGAUAGGGAUCCUGUCUGUGUUGAUGCCUUCCUGCUAAAUUCUUCGAGAUGGCAUAGGGACUCUUAUUCUGGACCAGAAUUGCAGGAGUCGUGUGGCUGCCUGAAGUGUCCAAAUAAAAGUGCUGGGGCUCCUUAUCUGACCAACUGCCUGGGACACACACUGCUCAACCUUUCGGGCUAUGAUGUGGAAGAGUACUUGCUGGUGCCAUCUGCAAAACCAAGGCUUGGAGGUUGGUCUUUUGGAGUACAAAUUCCCAAUGAAGUUGAAGAUGUGAAGACAAACACAUCAAAACAAAGAACUUUGGCAAAGGUGUGGUAUAACCAGAAGAGUUUCCAUUCUCUCCCUUCCUACCUAAAUCAUCUCAACAACCUGAUCUUAUGGCAAAACUUACCCCCUGAUGCUGCAGACUGGAGACAAUAUGGAAUAACACUGUACAGCCAUCCGUAUGGAGGGGCCCUGCUGAAUGAAGACAAGAUACUGGAGAGCAUCCGCCAGUGUGGUGUCGCCCUCUGCAUUGUCCUGGGAUUCUCCAUCUUGUCAGCAUCGAUUGGUAGCUCUGUCGUGAGAGACAGGGUGACCGGAGCUAAAAGGUUGCAACAUAUAAGUGGCCUUGGCUACAGGACAUAUUGGCUAAUUAACUUCUUAUACGACAUGCUCUUUUACUUGGUUUCCGUAUGCCUGUGUGUUGCCAUUAUAGUUGCCUUCCAGUUAACAGCUUUCACUUUCCGGGAGAACUUGGUGGCCACAGCCCUCCUGCUGGCACUUUUCGGAUAUGCAAUGAUUCCAUGGAUGUAUCUGAUAUCCAGAAUCUUUUCCAGUUCAGACGUUGCCUUCAUCUCCUACAUCUCCUUGAACUUCAUCUUUGGCUUGUGCACCAUGCUCAUGACCACCAUGCCCCGGCUUUUAGCCAUCAUUUCCAAAGCUCAGAAUUUGCAGAAAAUCUACAAUGUUCUCAAGUGGGUUUUUACGAUUUUUCCUCAAUUCUGCCUGGGCCAAGGGCUCAUAGAACUCUGUUACAAUCAAAUCAAAUAUGACCUGACUCACAACUUUGGCAUUGAUUCUUAUGUGAGCCCCUUUGAGAUGAAUUUCUUGGGCUGGAUCUUCGUGGAGUUGACCUUGCAAGGCACAGUUCUUCUCCUCUUGAGGAUCCUGGUACAUGGAGACCUUCUGCGGUGGUCAAGGGUACACUCUGCUCCUGAGGACACAGUUGAGUCUGCUAAGGACAUAGAUGUUGAAAAGGAACAAAGGAGGGUGCUGGAAGGAAGAACUGGAGGGGACAUCCUUGUGUUGUGCAACCUCAGUAAAAGUUACAGAAGUAUUUUCAGGUGGAAGACCACUGCUGUGCAUGGCAUUAGUCUUGGCAUACCACGAGGCGAGUGCUUUGGGCUCCUCGGAGUGAAUGGCGCUGGGAAGAGCACAACAUUCAAAAUUCUGAAUGGUGAAAUUCCACCAAGUUCAGGCUAUGCUGUCAUCAGAACUCCUCAGGGAGAUACAGUGGAUCUCGCUUCUGCUGGCAAAGUGGGCAUUCUCUUUGGCUACUGUCCACAGCAGGAUGCCCUAGAUGAACUCCUGACUGGCUGGGAACAUCUCCAAUACUACUGCAGCCUCCGUGGAAUUCCAAAGCAGUGUAUUCCAGAGGUGGCUGCAGACCUGGUAAAGCGCCUUCAUCUUGAACCUCACGUGGACAAACCUGUGGCCGUAUAUAGUGGGGGCACCAGAAGGAAGCUCUCCACUGCCCUGGCCCUGGUGGGGAAGCCUGACAUUCUUUUAUUGGAUGAGCCCAGCUCUGGGAUGGACCCCUGCUCUAAGCGGUACCUGUGGCAAACAAUAACUCAGGAGGUUCAGGAUGGCUGUGCUGCAGUGCUAACCUCUCACAGCAUGGAAGAGUGUGAGGCUCUGUGUACCAGGCUAGCCAUAAUGGUGGAUGGCAGCUUCAGGUGUCUUGGCCCCCCUCAGCACAUCAAGAACAGGUUUGGUGAUGGUUAUACCAUUAAAGUUUGGCUCCACAAGGAAGGGAGGCAGCCUAGUGCCGUUUCUGACUGCUUGAAGCUUCAUUUUCCAGGAAUCCAGUUUAAGGUUUUUGUUAAUUUUGCCAAUGAACAACUGCAAAGUCCAGUUUCCUGUUGA